AUUCACAUGAACAUCCCUAUUGUACUUAUGAGUUAUGACAAAAAUGGUGCCCGUUUACCAGCUGGCACUUAUUGUCUGAUGAUAAAAAAUCAUCUCUACAAUUUAAUAAUACACACCUGGAAUGGCGACUGUGCUUGAUUCAAUUAAACGUUAUCAGCAUAUUAUAGAAAGUAAUUCAGACGACGAACAUAAAAUUUUAAAAUGCAUAAACAGAUUAUAUCAUUUGGCCGUAACAGUUCAACACUUACAAGAUACAGGUGUGGGACGGACAAUAAAUGCCCUACGAAAAGACCCUGGAGCAGUGGGCCCUGCAGCUCGCUCUCUUGUUCAGAAAUGGAAGGAGAUGGUGGAAGCAGACGAGAGUGACGAGGGAUGGACAUCAAUAUCAUGAAACAUCAACACAUAACGGCCAUGGCAGCGGAAGAGAAUCAGAUGAUAAUGGAAGGCAGGAUAUAAGAUCCAGUAACACUAAUUCUACCUCUAAAAUGAAUGGUACUAACAGUGGAACGAAGAGGGAAUAUCAGAGUAGCGAGGAUGAAGAGUCUAAUGCAAAAAGGUCAAAAUAUUCGUAUGAUGACCAUAACAAAAAAAGUAGUAAAUCUAGAAAAGAAGAACCUGUGAAAUUAAGAAAAGAUGAUUCUGUUAAAUCGUCAAGAAGAGAACCAGAAUAUGACAGUCAUGAAUCAGAUGCUUCAGAUUCUGACCAGAGUAAUUCUUCAGAGUCUUCUGUUGAAUACAGCAAAAAUAAAAAGCCGGAUAACAAGGAGUCAUCAAGUAAUCACAAAUCGUCAUCUAAACACUCCUCCCACAAUAAUCAUGUUACCGAAAAAAGGGACUCUUCCAGCUCCAAAAAAUCGAGCCAAAAAGAAAGAUACUCUGAACAUCACAGUUCAAGCAGCAAAGAGAGACAUUCAUCUGAAAAAUCAUCAAGUAAAGAGAAGUCUCACAGACACGACAAAGAGAGUUCACACAAACACAAGAGUUCUGAUGAUAAUAAAGAUUCAAUACCUGACAAGAAACAAAAAUCCGAUCAUAAAUUAAGUAGUAAGGAAUCUAAAACUUCAAGUAAACAUAGUAAGUUAGAUGAUAAUAAAUCGCAUAAACAUGACUCCAGUGACAAACAUAAAAGUAGUUCAGAAAAGCAUAUAAGCAAAUCUGACAAACACAGGAGUUCAAGCCAAUUACAAAAUACUGACAAGGAAAAGCAUAAACAACCAGAGCCAGAAGUAACUAAACAUAAAUCAAAGGAUAGUCAUAGCAGUAGUUCCAAGGAGAAACAUAGUUCCUCUAAUAAGGAAAAAUCAAAAGACAAAAAUAAUUCAAGUAGAGAUAAGUCCAGCAGUCACAAUAGUGACAAACAUUCAUCAUCAAGUCACAGUAAAUCAAGUAGUAGUGAACAUAAAAGCAAAUCUGAGAAACAUGAAAUUAAAAGUAGUGAAAAGAAAUCUAGAAGUAAGUCUAGUUCAUCGUCAGAACAUAAAACUGUCAAAUCCAACAGUAAGACGCAGGAAGAUGUACCAAAGAAAAAGGAUAAUGAAAAUCAUGAAGACAGUGACGAUGGAAUCGAUUGUGGUUCAGGUGCCAGUUUCGCUGAGGCUCUUGGCAUGAUAAGCCCUGCAAAACCCAAAAAGAAAUUACCGCACAUUAAAGAUAUACAAUCACCCAAUAGUUCAUUUACUAAUGAUUUGAGUCCAGCUGCCCUAUUAGCGCCUACAGCCAAAUUAGCCCCUCUACCAGCAUUAGAGAUUACUGCUUUGCCAGAAAUUUCACCCAAUUACCGACCAAGGCCGCCUCCAAAGGCCCUAAUGCAUUUCACGGAUGAUGAAGCUCUAAAUGCGGGCAUAUCUUCCAAAAACCAAAGAACCAAAGUUUACUCGGGAAAUAAAGUGAUUGGAAAAAUACCAUCACUUUACGAAAUGUGCGUUCACAUACUUCAGGAACAUAUAGACGCUCUCGAAUUCACCGGUGGGGUGCCAUACAAUAUUUUAAAGCCAGUGGUAGACAGAGCAACACCGGAACAGCUGUUCACGCUGGAGCAUUAUAAUCCGUACCUAAUGGAGGACACCGAUCACCUCUGGCAAAGGUUCUGCGAGAAAAGUUUCAGGAACAAACAACGACGUGAAAUGGAGUCCUGGAGAGAAAUGUAUCUGAGAUGCCAAGAAGAACAAGAACACAGAUUGAAAGCUCUAACAGCCAACAUUAAGAUAACACAGGAAGCGAAAAAAGCUCCAAUCAAACAGACAAAAAUGGCUUAUGUGGAUACUGUUGUGAAGCCCCCACGCAAUAUUGCUAGAAAACAAGCGCUGCACGGCACUGCGCACGCGUCGACAGCGAGUCCGGCCGCCAGGGUGGCGUCGCUCGCGUCUGCGCCGAACGUGGCGCGUGCGGGCUCGGUCCGCCCGCCGCCGCCUGUCACUACAUCGUCCUCUUCUGCCCACAAGCCCAAAAAAGCUCCUCUAAUGCAAAAAGCGCUGCAAUUCAUGCGAGGGCGCAAACGAUGAUGAUUCUGUUACCACUAAUUUAGUCAUUAAUUGUGAUGUUUAUGAGGCGUGCACGCCAUUUUGAGGACCGCACCAAAUGUAAAAUCUUUUCUGCCUGAAUAGGGUAGUCGGCUUUAAUUAUUUUCCUUUUAUCUAAAAUUUACGCAAUACAUACCUAACACAAAGAAGAAGCCCAUUAAAAAAUAAACAAGUUACAGAGUUUUAAAACAAAUGAAAGUGGAAACUCAAAUAACAGAAAAGAGAUAAUAGACAGGUGUGACAAUGCAGAUUGUAAUCAUGCGGGCGUAAGAAAGAAAUACCCAUACCGCGAGCCAACUUUUAUGUAUUGCAAUAUUUGACAUAUGAAUCUCUACCUCAUUUGCUAAUAGUUUUGAUACUAUAUUCAGUUUUUUUUUUUUUGUUUACUAUCUACUGCGUGUAAAAUAAUCUACAAAAUGACAUUUAGACUCAGUAACUACCCUAUUAUCUCAUUAAUAACCAUAGCCAUACCGCCAUUAGUGUGCGUGUAGUGUGUUGGGGUUACGGACUUGAUUCGUACUUCCGGAUGGAUUUUAAAAAAUUACGGUUAAAGAAACUUUAUUAUCUCAUAAGAAUUCGAUUCACUUACAUGAGAUACAAACAAAAUAAAAUAAGUUGAAAAAUUAAGGCUCAAAUUGGCGUACUCGUCUAGUAAUUAGAAUAGGUAGGUGAUUACUUUCCACAUUGAAUGAAAUAUCUACAAAUUGUUGGAAAUACAUGACUGAUUGAAAUAAUCGAAACUAAAUUAUAGCUCAUUUCAUCCACGAAGACGAACCUCACCAUUUUAUGAGCGUAGUGUGCGUGACGCGUGUGCACUCACGCUGCUCACACACACUGUAAGCGAGUAAUAAAAGUAGGUGAGCGCGUUUUCGUGGAAGAAAUUUUCUAUGUUAUAUUGUAUACUUUUACAAUAAUGAUAUUUAAAUACUAUACACAUCUCACAAAAGGGCAAGAUUUAAUGUGAAAAUAAUAAUAUACUUUCAUAAAUUUUAAUUUUAUUUAUUUAUUACCUCAUUGAUUAUUAUAUUUCUUUGAUAUUUUGUCAAUAUAUAUUUUUUUGUAUUUAUAUAAACUAUGUUAUGUAAUUUAUAACUAUCCUUUUCAACCAAUAUUUCUAAGUCAAUUGGUCGCACUCUUCCUUUUAACUGGAAAAAGUAAAUCGAUAGUUCACAAUAGGGUACCGGACUCAUUUUUGUUCUUUACUUUUAUCAAAUAUUUACAUAAUAUAAAUUAUAACGCAGAAGGAAUUUUUAAAAUCCGGUAAAAAAUCAACAAGUUAUAAGUCUUUGAAUUUCGGUGGAAGGGGUAAUUAACAAGAAACAGAAGAGACGAAAUAUCCACAUGUGACGUCAUCGGGAAUUACGACGCGUGCGAAAGAAAGAGGUGUAGCGAUAUCCCCACAUCGCGCCCACUUCUGCACAUUACAAUAUUUUAAAUAUGAAUUACUCGCUCAUUUUUUAACCAAUUUUUAUGCAGUUUUCGCAAGAGUACUUCUUUUUCAUAUUAUUAACCAUUACAUAUAGAAUAAUAGACAAAAUCAAGCAUAGGCCGGUCCCCUAUUAUGUGGUAAUGAAAUCACGAGUCCCGGUAAGAUAUCCAUAGUAUCUAAAUAUCAUUAACAUACAUGAAUUUUAUUUAACAUCAAUUGCACUGUAAAAUAACUUUUUCCGAUUUAUGUUUAUAUAAAAUCACUAUAAUUUUUAUGGUUGUAGUUAAGCAUAGUCGGUUAGGGUCCAAGACAGCUGCGAUUCAACUUAUGCUGAGUUAUUAUAAAUACAGUUGAUUUUGGUUGAUCUUUAUUAUGAUCUUCGACUAUUUUUGCCUCACGAUUACGCGUAUCGUUAAAAGGGCUGUAGCAUAAGAGUUAAUUACAAAUGUUACACUUGCGCGUCACGUUUUUUUUUAUAGUAUGCAUACUUUUUAAAUAGACAAAAUAAUUAUCGUAGAUCAAGAUAGCAAUGCAAAUAAAUAUUUUAAUUAAAAGUUGUCAUUAAGUUCUCUGAAAGCUGAUGUACUGCAUAAAAGUUUGUAGCAUGACAGAAGCUAGAAUAUAAAAAAGGAAAAAGUAAAUGUGCCAAAGCAGGUUUUUUACUUUCCUGGUCAGUUUAGCUAUUCUGUAAGAUUACACUAUCGACCUCGCAUCGGAAUCCGCAGUGAUAUAGAAAGUGUUGUUUUGCAUCUCUGCUGUAUAGAGUCCAUUGUAACAAUGUAAGUCUUACCUCAAACUGGAUUCCGAAUAUUUAAAUAAAUUAUUUUACGAUCAUUUAGAAUUAACCCCCACGUACAUAUAAAAAUAGGACCCCACGGCAACGCGAAUAGCCCACACACACACACGGACGGCACCAGCUGUUUCCAAUCGACACGGCUAGUCCGCGCGGCCGCGGCGCGCGUCAAAGCACUUGUGUGUGUAUGCUGUGUGGUGCGAAAAUCAUCGUUGCCACACGGAGUGAUUCCCAUUACACGGGUGGUUUUAUUUUAAAUUUAUUUUUAAAAAUGUAAUUUUUGGUACUUAUUUGUUCAUUGAUUCGUGUUCUAUAAGUGAAGUAUACCGACCUCCGUAUAUUUUUGCGGGGAUGCAAAACAUCACCUUGUUACCAUACUAGCGCCACAAGGUGAGUAUGUGAGUAUAUAAGCGGUAUUCUGUAAACAAUGAUAUCUAUUGUCACAUUGACGUUAUCGCAUAAUAUCUCUGGUGAUUUCAGUCACCUCACUUCACGCUGUAGUUUUAUAGAAUUGCAGUACGGGCUAUAAUUCUUUCAACAUGUUUUGAUUGACAUCAGUGUGAACAUGUCCAUUGUGCGAACAAUUCUUAUAGUAUGAAUGAGGCUUUAGGUACAUGUAAAAUUUUAUGGUAAAGUAUAGGUAUUUAAAUUUUUUCUUAUAACACCUAAAGACAUCUCCGAUUGAUUUUUGUAACGCAUAAGUAAUUAACUUUGUUCUACAUUGUAAUACAUAUAUAGCACCUUUAAUAAAAUAAUACUUAUUAUGAAUUUUGAACCUCAAAUAAUGAUAAAGUUUUACUUAUUGUAAAUAAAUCUGUCACAGGUCAUUAUAAUUGUACUUAAUACAAUUGCAAUGACUAUAAUAUUUAAUUGCAGUUAUUAUGGCCGUAAUACACACUGUCAUUAUUAUUACUCAUCUGUUAAAUAAUAUUUUUUGUUCCUUUCGAAACCAAAAAUAGGCAGUGUACAAAAAUGUAAAGUAGGAACAAAUAACUAAUCAAAAUUUUGUAGUAUGUAAGCUCGAAUAUUUGUAAAAAUAGCAUGUUUUAUUUCAUGUAUUGCAGUAAUUUACAUUUCUUAUUCUUCGCUCUUUUUUGUGGGCUAUUUUAACGUAGAUAUAGGUAAUAGAAUGUGUCGUUUGUACCAAAAUAAUCCCACUGCUGUGAUAUGUUUGACAUAAAACAUAGAAUUAUGGUAUACAUGAAUUUUGUUAUUGUUUUAAAAAUACCUUUCAAAGAAGAUCACUACAUGACGUAGGAAUAUUUCCUUUUACAGUUCUUUAUUUCUGAUACUUUAAAAUAUUUGUAUUGGGGUUUUCUCAUAAUAAAUAAUCUACUUAAAAUCAAAUUUGUCGCCCAAUUGGUUUAGUAGAAACCGCAGCACGCAAAUCGGUGGAUUUUUAAAAGCUGGUUGGAUUCCCAGAUAGUACAAUCAAAAUUCAAGAAUUUUAAGUUUUAAAAAUGUGUGGUGUGCAUAAGAUUGGAAUGUUCCCAAUAUGACGAUAGGUUCGCCCACUAUCGUGUUAUACGACGGCAGCAAGAAACUGUGAGUGCUUAAUAGCACAGGUCUAAUCAUACAUGGAUUCAGGGCGUGAGCUUACGUUAAAAUAAAUUAAAUUAGCAAGUAAUUGUAGAAAUAAAACAGUUAUUUCUUCAUCACAAUAUAAUAUCUUUAAACGUCAUUAUGACACAACAUAAUAUCAGUAGAUAUUAUUAUAUCUUAAUACUGUAGGUAUCAAGUUUUAAACACUUUAAAUAUAAUGUAAUUAUUACCAUUCUUGUAGAAUAUAGACAGUAACAUUAUGUCUAUGUCGUAGUAACAUGAAAAUAUUUAAUGAAAUGUUAUUUUUGUAUAAAUUAAACCUAGAAUUCAUCAUGAAUUGUUUGCCUGGUGACUAGAAUAAAAUUUAAAUCGGGUCCUUAAAAUAGUGCUAUUCCUUAAUUUUUUCUUGUUAAUCAAAUGCCAUUAUUUGUACAGAAAAUACACUUCAGAUUUUAUAAA